UUGGUCAUCGAUAUUCCCCCACCACUACCAACUCGAAGAAGAAGAAGACGGAAAAGAAAAUUAUGCGUGUGCGGACGGUGUUUUUUUUUUAAUUUGUUUUUUCGUAAUUCUCGACACUCAAAAUCACGCGAAACGUGAAUAGUGCCAAUAGUGAAUAGUGCGACAGUGUGUGUGUGUGUGUGCAUGAAAUGUUCGCGUUUGGCGAUUAAACUUCGCCCGUCUGCCCCCUCCGCGUCCUUCUCUCCAAACCCCCCCGCCCCCCUUGAACCGCCCCGCCCCGACCCGCUCCCCAUCCGCCGCCCGUAGGCGCCGCGCGAAGAAGCCGAGUCAGAGGCGACAAGAUAGAAGGAAUUGCAGGCGACGCGCCCAGCCGUCUUAAAUGCAAGAACUUUGACGACAAAAGAAAAUAGCGAAAAAGCUGAAGAAGAAUUCUUCCUGAGUUUUCCGUCCCCGCGAAGUUAAAACGCGCAGCCGGCGUCGCUGUCGACGUCGCCCAUUUCACGCGUCGCCGCUUCGUCUCGCCGUCUCGCUUUGCCCCCCUGAUCCCCCCUCUCUCACUCUCAUACUCUCUCGCACUUCAAAAAAAAAUAAAAAUAAAAGAAAAUUAUUUCUAAAAGAAAAAUUAAAAAAAAAAAAGAAAAGAAAGAGAGCCAAGCCAACUGUAACGUCAUCAAACGGCAACAAAAACAAAAACUACAACGGCAACCGGGAGCACACAUACACAGAGAGAAAAAAGGAAAAACAAAACAAAAAAAUUACAACAACUGAAACAACAACAACAAUAAUAAUAGCAAAAACGCAUUUCAUUGCCAACAACUGACGAAACGGUCAACGACAUUGCAACAAGAGCAACAAAAUUGCAACAUUAGCGAAGCAGCAACAACCACAACAAACAAACAAACAUACAACAACAAGAAGCAGGAGGAAAAAAAGCAACAAAAUAGCAAGAAAAUGCCCAAAUGCGAUGUGAAAACGCGUUACAUUCCUGCGACUUUCGCCUGGAUUGUGCUGCUUUUGACCACAUUUCUCUUCUUCUUCUAUCCCUGCCAGUACUAUGUGAAGAGCCAUCCAUGGGUGCUGGCCUACCAGGGCGUCAUCACAUUCUUCGUUCUGGCCAACUUCACACUGGCCACGUUCAUGGACCCGGGCAUCAUCCCCAAAGCCUCGCCCGACGAAGACUGCGAAGAGGAGCUGCGCGCCCCCCUCUACAAGAAUGCCGAGAUCAAUGGCAUCACCGUCAAGAUGAAGUGGUGCGUCACCUGCAAGUUUUAUCGCCCGCCCCGCUGCUCCCACUGCUCUGUCUGCAAUCACUGCAUUGAGACCUUCGACCAUCACUGUCCGUGGGUCAACAACUGCAUCGGCAGGAGGAACUACAGAUUCUUUUUCUUCUUCCUGGUAUCCCUCUCCAUACACAUGCUGAGCAUAUUCUCCCUGUGUCUGGUCUACGUCCUGAAGAUAAUGCCAAAUAUCAAGGACACAGCGCCGAUAGUAGCGAUGAUCCUGAUGGGCCUGGUCACUAUACUGGCCAUCCCGAUAUUCGGCCUGACGGGCUUCCACAUGGUACUGGUGUCACGGGGUCGAACCACCAACGAACAGGUCACCGGAAAGUUCAAGGGCGGCUACAACCCCUUCUCACGGGGCUGCUGGCACAAUUGCUGCUACACUCAGUUCGGACCACAGUAUCCGAGUCUGCUGAAUCCGAAGAAGUACGCCUCGCGUCGCUCCCAGACGCAGAACCAGGCGAUCAGCACGAUCUGCAACGACCGGAGCAGCCAGCAGACUGGCGCCAGUGGCGGUGCGGGCGGUAAUGGUACUACGGCUGCUGGUGGAGGUGGAGCCAGUGGCGGCGGCGGAGGAGGAGGCGGUGGCGGCGGCGGUGGAGGUAUGCGGGGCACUGCGGUGCAGUACUCGCCACGAUCCUACUACGAUGCGAAUCGCGAGAAGCGGGGAAUACAGGUAAAGACUUAUAUGGCCGAGGGCAAUGGUUAUAAUCAACGGUCGGGCAGCACAACGCUUUACAGUAAGCUGUCGCCGGGACGUGAGUGCUCCGACACGGAUCUGGAACCGCCACCCGCCUCCCAGAGUCAAGACUGCGAACCCACGCCCCCCCUCCAGCGCCACAACUCCAGCAGCUUCUACCUGCCGCAGGUGAGCGAUGCUGGCGGCCUUAAUGGUAGCAUUUCCACAGGUGUGGGUGCCGGUGGCGGAGGCGGCACUGGAGGAGGAGGAGGAGGUGGAGGUGGCGGUGGCGACUCCCCGCGGCACAUGCGACUCUAUCAUCCGCGACACAGUCCGCACGCGAGACCCAGGGGCCUGGAUCCGCAGCGCGGCUAUACGAGCGAUGCCCUCUCCCCGGACCAUCCUGUAGGAUAUGGCGUGGGAGUCAAUGGACCCGCGCAGCAGCAGCAGGCGGCUCUGGCAGCGGCAGCAGCGGCGGCGGCAGUGGCAGCACAAAAUCAACGCAACGCCACUACCACUGCCACGCCCACCAUGCAGCAAAGGAUCAAGCCGCUGGGCGUGGCCACGCCCCUUGUUAUGGCUAGUCCAGUGCGAAGAUCCAACCCGGGCACGCCCACUCAGCCGCGACGCCCCGACUUCAUUGGACUGAACGCCCAGGCGGUGGCGCAACAGCAGCAGCAGCAGCAACAGCAGCAGGCAGCAGCGGCGGCAGCUGCAGCAGCAGCCUACUACGAGUACACGAGUGGCCUGCCGCCACAGCAUCCGCAGGCCCCAAGCAUCCAGCAGCAGCAGCAGCAGCUACUCCUGCAACAGCAACGCGUUCUCAUGCAACACCAGCAGCAGCAGCAGCAGCAGCAAGCUCUGCAGCAGCAGCAGGUGGCAGCCGUGCAUGCAGCACAUCCCCAGCACGCGGCACUCGCCCAGGCGGCGUACGGCGGCAGUCCCCAGAGGCGCUUCCUCUCCGAGGGCGAGCUGGUGCGCCAGGGAGCGGGCGGCGCCGGCGGCGGCAUUUCCGGAGGCGAGCUGAGCUAUGCCCGGUCCAACAAUACGGUGGACAACAUCCGGGAGCUGGCCGGCAGCCCGCAGCGGGGCGUCUACAUGUGGAAGGACACAUCGCCGGGCUUCGGUACUUCCGUUGGCGUGUCCAGUGGAGGACAGCAGCAGCAGCAGCAGCAGCAGCAACAGGUGGUGGCUAGCAGCGGAAUCGGCAGCAGUGCGGGCACGCUGUCGAGCAGUGGAGGAGUGAUGCCACAUGCCCAGUACAUAACGGCCGGCGGAGGGACACAUCCGCUGAUCAUGACGCACUCUCGCCUCCAGGACUACGCACUCCAGCAGCAGCAGCAGGCACAGCACCAGCAACAAGCAGCGGCCGCAGCAGCAGCUGCUGCAGCGGCGGCAGCAGCUUCCUCAUAUCAUCGCUCGAAUCCCACGAGUCCGACGACCAUGCCACAGGUCUCCGGAGCGGGUGGCCAGAGCUAUAUCCUGCGCUAUGGAGGUGGCGGCACCGGCACGGGCAGUAGCGGCAGUCUGGCCAGCGUUACGGCCAGUAAUCCGGUGAGCGGAGGAGUUGGCGGCGGACCAGGCGGACCAGGUGGCUAUCAGCCAGCUUUGCGCGGCGGUGUGGCUGUCUUCCCGCCAAAUCCGCUGGGCAAUUCCGGCGGCGGCAAUCCCCAGACCCAGCCAUCGCCGCAAAUCAAGCGAAAACAAACACCCACGCGACCCAUGAGCUUUGUGCGCGCCCUGGAGAUGACCGACUCCAUGGAGAUGCAAUCCCUGGAGCAGCAUCAGCAGCAGAAUGGCGGUGUGCCCGGCAUGAAUAGUAGCCAGCAGGGCGGUGGCGGCGGAGGCGGAGGCAGUGCAGCACACUUGAUGCAGAACAACUCAUCCAAUUCGGGCACUCCGGACAGGGCCAGCAUUUACGACAUGAACUACGAGAUCUCCGUAUAACCCGUGGUGGUGCCCGUGCUACUGAUGCCACCUGCCUCCAAUAGUAGUCCAAAUCCAGUGCCAGCAUCAGCUACAAUGGUGGCCACCUCCUCAUCCGUUACCAUACAGCAGGCAAAGUUUUUUAAUCAGCAGAUGGAACCAGCCGCCUACGCCUCGGUGCCAGUUUUACCCCUUAAGACCAUGACCAAUGGAAUCGCCGGAGUAGCUAGCAAUGCACAGCCACAUCCUCAUCACCACCACCAUCAUCAGCAGCAGCAGCAGCCGCACCACCACAACCACCACCAGAGCCAGCUCCUUCAGCAACAAUCACUGCAGAACAAUUCCCAAAACAAACGAAAAUUUUCAACAUUUUUCUAGAUAGGAUUACCAGUUUCUGUUCCCCCAAACCCCAAACCCAUACUGCAUAUAUAUCAAGAGUAUAUAUAUGUAUUAUGUAAUAGGCACUGCAAGAGUCAUUUUGAUACAUUGUUUUACUAAUUUGUACGAAUAUGAUAGUUUUUUACGAAAUGUUUAACCUGAGAAUCGGAUUUUAAAACGAAAUGAUUUCAAAAAGAAAAAAACCAAAAACAAAACGAUAUCAGGGCAAAUGCAUGUAUGGCGGCCUUAAGAGCUCCACGCUCUUAGUUAUUAUACUCAUGUCCUGUUCUGUAUUUGCCCUGCUACCCCAUCCCCCUAUCCUACCAUCCCCACUAGCUAUAUCCUUUAUACAUAUAGAUACACACAUAUAUGGAAACCGUUUGCAAUCAAAUUUGAAAAUCGCCAAAAUUUGUAAGAGCUAAUACAAAAUGAGAAAGAAAAAAUACGAAUUCGAAAGCAUAUAUUGUACAUGUGUCUCUGUAAGAUUGUGCCAGUGUGUGUGUGUGUGUGUGUGUGUGUGUGGUGUGUAUGUACUGUAUUUUAUAAGAUUUAGUCUCUAUAUAUUUAUCUAUUUAUGCCAUAUAUGUAUAUGUAUAUAGCCCGGGUGCAGACAGAGAAAUUAAUUGUCAUUUGUGUACAUAGGAUGGAGGAGAGUUAUCGAGUGCUGGUGAGGAGUAGAGUAUCCAUCAGAUGAGAGUACAACCCGAGUACAGUGCCAGCCAUAAGGUUCUACUUUGUUAGUCAUAGUUUUUUUUUGUACUCUGGAAACCUUUUCCGACCACGGACGGCACUGUACUCGGGGGACUACGACGCCUCCCGAAGAGAUUGCUUUAGUUUUUAAACUAUUUCCUAAUUUAUUUUUAUUUUUCUCCUCAAGUCAAGUUCAAUGUUUUUUUUUUUUAUAGUUCCGACCAUACAUAUGACCCACACAUACAUAUAUAUAUUUUUAUGUAUAUUUAGUAAUCGUAAGUGAGCCCUAAUCGCGUAACUUAAAUGUCGUCCAAUAUUCAAAUCAAACCGUUUGAUUUUCAUGUAAAAAAAAGUGUAUAAUGAACGAGGAUUCUUUGGUUCUAGCUUACCAAUUACUUACGUUAGGCUACGGCUAUAUGUAUAUAUAUAUAUAUAUAUAUAUAUAAAUAUUCAGAUUUAUAUUUAUGUAUUCCGUAGGCACCCAGAACUUUGUUGUUAUGUUUUUAAGUGCUUUAGCUUUUACAAUCACAAUCACAGCCACAAUCACACCACAAGAGUGUGUGUGCUUGUUUUUUUUUUUUAGAAAAAUUUCAAAAACUUUUCUGUUUCAUACAUAUAUAUAUAUAUCUAUUUUUUUUUGUAAUAUUUCUUAGAAGUAAUAUCCAUAACCUGUAACAUACACACCUGAUCUAAGAGGGGAAACUCUAUAUGUGUCUGUAUUAGUUUUGUGUGCUGCUGCAUCAGGCGAUAGAUCUAGAUAUAUAUAUAUAGAUCUAUAUAUAUGUAUAUGAUCCGCAUAGUAUAUAUACAUAUAUGUAUGUGUAAGUGAAAGAACAAAAUAACCUGGUUAGAGUCCCAAGAACCUUUCCCUGAUCAGAUCACGAGAGUUUGCAAGGAACAAGAUACUUGUAAAGACUAUAUGAAAUAUAUAAAGGAUCAAGAGUAUUUAGAGUAUAAGCGUUUUUUGCUAACACAUUAAUUCAUGAAUUUGCAACAAUAUUUAAUAUACAUAAAAAAAGAAAAAAAUGCAUAUACAAACAAACAAAAACACAGAAAACAAAACAGAAAACGAGAUAAACGAAAAAGCGAAACAAAAAUGUAAUGUAAAGUGUAACAGGAUAGGAAGAGGAUGAAAUUGUUUUAGAUUUUUAUACCAAAUCGAUGUAAUACCACGAAUUGUUUACCUUUUUUUUAUUGUAUUCCUAAAACCCUGAACCUCACCCUGCAAUCCAGAACCUUGAUCCUCUAACCCUUUAACCACGCCCCUGACUUCGGCGGGGGAUGUGAGAGAAGCCAGAGAAACAAACAAGUUAAGAAUAUGAAAGAUUCUUGGGUUCUAAAAUUGUUUUUUUUUUUGUAUUGAAUACUUAUGUAAUUUGUAAAUUAUAUGACAAGUAAUCAAAUAGCAAGCAUAAACGGCAAGGCAAUUAAUAAACAAUAAAAAUAAAA